AUGGAAGCUACCCUGAGGAUCUUGUCGCUUGACGGGGGUGGGAUCCGUGGGAUGUCAAGCAUCCUAAUACUCCAAGAAAUAAUGGAAAACAUCCGCCGAAUCCAUAAUCUGCAACAAGCCCCCCGGCCGUGUGAAUAUUUCGAUCUUAUCGGAGGAACAAGUACAGGAGGAAUUAUUGCGAUGAUGCUUGGACGACUUGGUAUGACAGUUGAGGAUUGUAUUGACGCGUAUAGAAGCCUGGCGAAGAAAGCCUUCACGCCUAAGAGGCGCUUGCUACCUUUGCCUCUGUCACCAAGUGGAGCUUAUUCCGCUGCCUCCCUCAAAGUGGCCACAGAGGAAGUGGUGAAAGCUCAAUGCAAAGAUGAAAUGUGUACUCUUCGGGGAACUUGCUCCCAUGCCGAUGCUCUUUUUCGGAAUGAUGCCUGUGUGAAGACCGUAGUGCUAGCAAUGACUAAGGAGAAUGUCGAUGCGAGGCCAACCCUCUUCAGAACGUACGACAAGGCAAGCGGGUUCCGGGAUUGCAAGAUUUGGGAGGCGGUACGCGCAACUUCAGCAGCAUCAACUUUCUUCAAGUCUAUUCGGUGUGGUCGAGACAAUAUUGAAUUUAUCGACGCUGCCUUAGGUUAUAAUAACCCAUGUGAGGUUCUCAUAGAGGAAGCCCAGAAGCAGUUUCCCAAAGCCCGUCAGAUGUAUGUUCUUAGUAUUGGCACGGGCUUAGGCGCAGUUGGUACUAUUAAAAACACACGGACAUCGAUAUUGACGGCACUAAAGUCUAUCUCGACAACAUCCAAGAAGGUUGCGGACAGGCUAGACGAGAAAUACGGAAGUACGGGCCAGUAUUAUCGCUUCAACGUCGACCGAGGGCUUGAGGACGUCACGCUCGCGGACUGGGAUAAAGCUAGCAAGAUCUCAGCACACACGCAUAAUUACUUACAAGAGAAACGAAGGGACCUUAUCAAAUGUGCCGAAGCUUUCUCUUCUGCCAAUUACGAUUUGGACGCUGUUACCAAUAAGCAACUCAGUCCAGAGUCUUGUAUUAUUAACGAGCGAGGCUGGGAUAACUCGGAAGCAGCCGACUAUGGGUUAUUCAUACUUCGGAAUGUUGCAUCAAAAGACGCAGAACAGCGCAAGUAUCGCUCGAUUGGGGACUGGAAUGAAGGCAAGGAUAUCCGACAAUACUUGUAG